UCUGAAAGCUCCGGUCUUGUUCUGCAUGUGACCAGGCGCUUAUGGUAUUUAAAACAGCACCGUGGACAGACUGAAGUGGCUUCCGUUCAGAUGAAGAAGAAACAGCCCCACGAUACUUAGACAACCAACCAACCGUCCAUCUCGUCACAGUUUUGAUUUGGUUCGUCCAGCGGGAACGGGUCUGUCUCUCACGCUGAGCUGAGCUGACAUUUAACAGCGUUUCUUUUAUAUAAUCAUCACCAUCCAGAUGUGCAUCUAAGAAGACGGCGAGGGCAUUAAUGGACUUUCCGUUAUAUUUUUUGUUCGCGAGCCGACGCUGCCUGGAGUUGUUCGGUCUGGAUACUGUGGAGUUGACAUUUAAUAGGAAACACCUGUAGCUGAAUCCGCUACACAGUCUCUAAUAUAUUGGACUAUUAUUACCCACAAACCAACAGAAAUGUUUUGAUACACUAUCUAUUUUCUGCAGGCAGGGAGGGCUGGUCUCUCUGACGCCGUCGGCCAUCUAAUCUCCAAUGCAAAAGAGCGAAGGUAAAGCCAUUUACUGGUCCAUUAAUAUCUAAGCUUCUCUCUCGGCUCUCUGUGCUGCUCGCAGACAGGGACAUGGAUAGAGAGGAAUUCGCUGUGACAAGAGCUUUGACUGGAUUCGUGUGGAUGGUGUUCUCUUGUCCAAACUAAAAACUCAAAUAAAAAAAGACAGUGGAAUCGAGCUCAACGACCGACCACGGUGCGUCUGGCGGUUCGCGAUCAUCAUCCUUUUCUGUUGUUGUUGCGCACCGCUUUUAAAAAAAUUAAUUGAAUGCAUUUUUAAUGUAGCCGGGGGAGAUCAGAGGUGGGCUUAUAUUUGAAUUAAAAAAAUAAUCAUGGGGGGCACAGAUGAGUGUAAAACCAUGCUGGAUGCUCUGAACAAAGUCACAGCGUGCUACAGGCACCUGGUCAUCGCGCUGGGCAGCACAUCGGACUCUCAGAACCUGCGCGAGGAACUCAAGAAGACCCGGAAGAAAGCCCAGGAGCUCGCGGUGGCCAACCGGAAUAAACUAACCGAGUUGCUCAAAGACAAGACCACCAGCAAGGACGACCGGGCUGAGUAUGAGAGGCUAUGGGUGCUGUUCACCAGCAGCAUGGAGCUACUGGAAGUGGACAUGAAGCGGAGCUUGGAGAUAGGGCAGGAGUUCCCCCUCAAGGUGCCCACCAGACACCUCAUCCAGACGGGCAUGACCGGCAGCACCACCACAGUGGCCGCCAGGGCCAUGUCUGUGCAGAACAUGAAGUACGACGCGGACAGCAACAUCGACACUGCCGACCUGAAGGAGCUCCAGGCUGAGAUCGCCCAGGUGGGCCAGAUGAUGGAGGAGAUGGAGAUGAAGGUGCAGGUGGCUCCGUGGGCCGUGGAGGCCAAGCAGGAGGCCGGCGCCGAGCUCAAAUCCACCCUGAGCGUCGGGAACUCCUCCGUGGGCGUCAUUUCCAUCUGUGAAGAGGAGCCCAAGGACGAGAUAGAUGAAGGGGGUGACAAUAACGGAAUGAUCACAUGCAUCGCUGGAUUCAUAUUCGUUGCUAUUGUAGUAAUCGCCGGGAUUCUAGGAUACUUCGUAAUCGGUGGAUAGGAUACGUAGUUCUGGACGUUUUGAGCCAGCCUGGGAAUACUUCACAGAUGAACAGCGGGCGCAGCUCAGAGACAGAUACAGCCCGGGAUGGACACUAGGCAGGUUAUAUGCCCGGAGAAACGGCUCUGUUGUUGAGGAGAGAGAGACUAGCGCGAGGAGCUGUCCAGGUGAUGAACACUGUUGCGUCUGCAUCCCAAAUGGCACCGAUUCCCCAUAUAGUCCUCUACUUUAGACCAGAGUCACUACAAGGCUUUAUUCCACAUAUAGUCCUCUACUUUAGACCAGAGUCACUACAAGGCUUUAUUCCACAUAUAGUCCUCUACUUUAGACCAGAGUCACUACAAGGCUUUAUUCCACAUAUAGUCCUCUACUUUAGACCAGAGUCACUACAAGGCUUUAUUCCACAUAUAGUCCUCUACUUUAGACCAGAGUCACUACAAGGCUUUAUUCCACAUAUAGUCCUCUACUUUAGACCAGAGUCACUACAAGGCUUUAUUCCACAUAUAGUCCUCUACUUUAGACCAGAGUCACUACAAGGCUUUAUUCCACAUAUAGUCCUCUACUUUAGACCAGAGUCACUACAAGGCUUUAUUCCACAUAUAGUCCUCUACUUUAGACCAGAGUCACUACAAGGCUUUAUUCCACAUAUAGUCCUCUACUUCAGACCAGAGCCACUACAAGGCUUUAUUCCACAUAUAGUCCUCUACUUUAGACCAGAGCCACCGCAACAUUUUAUCUCAGCCUCACAAUAAUAAUAAUAACAAUAAUAAUUUAUUCAGCUUCUAUAGUGUUUUUCAUUAUACAACAUUAUCUCAAAGUGCUUGAAA